GGCUUCAUUCCAUCGCACCACCAUCUCACACCCACAGACAAUCCCGAGUCCUCCCUCUCGAGUGACAGCUUUCCCAGAAGAGGCUGGUCUGCCAAGGUCCUUGGUCACAUUGGCUGCCCCGCCUUGGCUCCCGCCCACGAGUCCCCCUCCUACCCCGUCCGACCAACGUCACAGCCCCCCCCCCCUCAGCCGGCUUGAACUAGUAUUUUCCUCCAGCAGCAGCCGCCGGUUUCUUCGACCCGCACGAAAAUCUCGACAUUCUCUCUCGCAGCUUAAACACACUCGAAACACCGGGCUUCGACCGUUGUUUGCCGGGUUAUCUGGCCAUUCAUCCAUUCUUGCUCUGCUCGACAAGGCUGCCCCUCCCCCGCCCUCUUUCAGGUCAACCGUUUUACCUACCUGCCCCACCCGAUCGCCGGUCGGCCACAACUUACACCCCAGAAACAACGCCCGCAGUAGCAAGCAGCAGUCAUGUCGAGAAGCCGAGUCGAUUUCGACGAGCGGGAGCUCAGAGACUUCGGUCGUCGCACCGUGGUCCGGGAAUAUGACGAUGCCGACAUCCGUCGCGAGCGCGAGCGGGUGAAUGACCGCGUCCCCGCCUUUAUGCGCGAGGAACACAGGCGGGCCGAGCCGGGCCAAAUGGUCCUCAGACAAAGAGAAGUUGAGACCGUCGAGCGGCCCCGCCAGAGGUCACCUAGCCCGGCCCCGACUCGUAUCACAUCCCGCACAAUCCACCGGGCCAGGAGCGUCAGCCCGCCGCCGAGGAGACUUGAAGAGGAUAUCCGCUUCCGCCGCAUCGCCAGAGAGUCCAGCCGUGGCCCCGCCGACAGGAUUCGCUUCCUCCCGCAGUCACGGUCGCCCUCGCCCGACACCGAUGUACGGGAGCGAAUUCGGAUCACGGAGCGGGAAAAGGAGCGUGCUCCGAGCCCAGCUCCGCGCCCGCCCACACCCAAGGUCAUCAAGGGGCCGACGGUGGAGCGAGAAGUGAUUACGCACUACCGGGAUAUCGACCACGGCGUCGUGGCAGUCCGUCCCCCUUCGCCGCCGCCCCCACCCGUCCGUCACCGGGACACUGAGAUCGACAUCUACACCUCGAGAGGCCAGACAGAAGUUGACAUCCACAAGCACUCCCACACCCACGGCCGCGGUCGGUCCGUCUCUCGGGAGCGGCCAUCACGGCGUCCCGCCCAGACCUGGGAGGACGAUGUUGUCGUUCAGUCCGACCGCAAGCACCUGCACGUCGACAUUGAGCGCCGACGGAGCGUCUCCAGGACCCGGCGUGCCCAGUCGGCGGCUCCCCCGACCAUCGACUACAGCGAUGAGGCGUACGAGAUCACCAACAAGCUGGACUCUCGCGGCAAGAUGGGCGAGGCCUGGAACGGCAUCACCAAGGACUGGGCCAUCAUCGAUGUGCCGCCCGGGACAGAGCGUGUGCGCAUGGACGGUGCCGGCGGUGCCGGCGCCGAGGUGACGUGGGCAAAGUACAGCGGCGUGCGUCGCGCCAAGUUCGUCCCCGAGCGCGAGGAGAAGGGCUCGGCCGUGUCGUCGACCACGAGCUUCACGGAGCUGCGCGCCCCGGCGCCCGAGCGCGAGAGGCGCCUGAGCGUGCACGUCGUCGACAAGGACCGCGGCGCCAGCCGAGAGCGCGACGUCGAGAUCGAGAAGGUGACGGACCGCCGCAUCUCCAUCCGCGGCUCGACGCCCCCGGCCCGCGCCCGCCCGGACACCUGGACCGAGAUCACCAAGGACCUGGUCUGCCGCGAGGCCAUCCAGGAACUCAACUACGAUUUCGAGGAGACCGAGUUCUUCUACUACAUCGUCGAGUACCUAGCCUACGAGGACGUGCUCCGGCUGGUGCAGCUCUCGGACCGCAUCCGCGCGGCGCGCAAGGAGCGGGCCCGCGAGAUCGCCUACGAGCGCGACUGGCGCGACGACUACGCCCACCGCGACCACCACCACCACCACCGCCACCGCUACUCGGUCGACUACGAGGACGAGCGCGUCGUCGAGCGCGAGGUCCACUACGAGAGCCGCCACCCGGGGAGGGGGUAUCGCCACUGAUGAACAUCUCUCCCCUACCCUAACUCCCUAUUCCCUUGUGGGGGGUGUGGUUGAGCAAAAGCAAAAAGCGAGCGAGCAAAGUGUGAUGAUGUGAUGACGUGAUACGAAG